CAUUGCCUGUAUUGAAGGGAGAGGGGACUGCUUUCAGCAACAUUCUUCUCUAUGUUAGGGCGACAACAGUCCAAUUUCCGUUUAGUAUCUCGGUAUGUUUUAGUUGUUGGUAUUUUAGAAAAAUAGAUGUUUUCUAUACGAGGCCGACUCUCACAAGAGGUUAGAAACUAUUGGCGCCGCAGUAAGCUCGGCUUUAGCUGGUCGGUUGAGGUAGAGCUUGUUAGCUAGUUUUCAUUAGCCAGCAGCUACCAGUAGAUUUACGGCUUAUAUCCGAGCUUGUCCUGUCAGGUAGAUCAACUAAAGCCAGAGGCGCUCUUCGGCCACAAUGUUUUUGUCAGUUCGGCAAUUUCUGCGGUUUGACAUCGGUAAAUAAGUGUUAUAAUUUGGGGACAUAUCAACAGAACCUUUGUUUGGUUUGUGCGCAGCUCAGCUGGUUUGGCCUGUUUCAUUGUCUCCGUGCGUCGGAAACACUCAAGUUGUUUUUCACCAGGUUGCUCGGCUGACUUCGUGGGGUUAAUUUAACUGAGUCCAGGUAAACAAAACCGUCCGCUUUCGACCCCAGGUAAUCUUAAGGUCUUCGUGGUGCAGAAUGGCGCAACACGACUCCUCUCAUGUAGCCAGUUCACAGAAAGCACUUAUGUUGGAGAUGAAGAGCCUCCAGGAGCAGCCUGUCGAGGGAUUCAAAAUAACACUGGUGGACGAGGCUGACUUGUACAACUGGGAAGUGGCCAUUUUCGGACCACCAAACACUCACUAUGAAGGGGGGUAUUUUAAGGCUCGGAUCAAGUUCCCUAUAGACUACCCAUAUUCCCCACCUGCCUUCAGGUUCCUCACCAAGAUGUGGCACCCAAACAUCUACGAGAAUGGAGAUGUGUGCAUCUCUAUAUUGCACCCUCCAGUGGACGACCCACAGAGUGGAGAACUGCCAUCAGAGAGAUGGAAUCCCACCCAGAAUGUCCGGACCAUUUUGCUGAGUGUGAUCUCACUGCUGAAUGAGCCUAACACCUUCUCUCCUGCCAAUGUGGACGCCUCCGUUAUGUACCGCAAAUGGAGGGACAGCAAAGGCAAGGACCGGGAGUAUGUAGAGAUCAUCAGGAAACAGGUAUUAGCCACAAAGGCAGAGGCUGAGCGUGACGGCGUGAAGGUGCCCACCACACUGGCCGAGUACUGUGUCCGCACACGUGCCCCAGCCCCUGACGAAGGCUCCGACCUCCUCUAUGACUAUUACUAUGACGACGACGAUGUGGAGGACGGGGACGGGGACUGCUGCUAUGAUGAGGACGACUCCGGCAAUGAGGAGUCGUGACAUGCUUUUUAGGCCUCCCCCUUCCCCCAAAUCUAGCUGAUGUAUCGCGACCUUCCUUUUCUGUCUGGGUUUCCAGAAAUUCAAGGUUGAAAAACUAGAACAAUUUAAGGCUUUCCCAAUUCUAAACUCAUGAAAGAGGUGUUUUAUAUGAGUUGAAAAUUGAUGCACCAUUGCAAAAGGUUCAGAUCGGGUUAAUUUCCACCAGCACAAGAGUCAUUGGUUCAUUAAUUUUCCCUGACAGUUUCGUCAUCAUCUUAAUAUCUUACUUUAAAAAAUAUUAACUUUUAGUUUUUCUGUCCCCUUUAUUUUCUCUGGUGUUGUGAGGUUAAUACCACUCUUAACAACAGCAACAUUUGCACUGGUGCAAACGCUUCCAACCUUAGCUCAGCGUCUCUUUCAUAUCUUUUUUUUUUCCCUUAUUGUGACUGUGUUUGUCCACAGGAGUUGGUCUCUGACCAACAGAAGCUUGAGGACAUGAAGCAGUCUGUUUGUGUUGAACUGCAAAUAAGUUGAAACAGACAUUUCCUGUGUUGGACAGGAUGUCACAGGAUGGUGUUUUCAAAGUUCUUGUGCAUGCCAGAGCAUCAUUGGAAGCUUUUCGUCUCUUCUACUGGUGAACUGUUUACCUUCAUCACGAUCUGGUCAAGAGAGACUUCUGUCAUCGGCGAUCCCAGAGAACUUUCUAUCUGCAGGAUCUUGUGGCACGCUGAACCAGUGGGUCAAAUCCUCAUGUGAACAUUUUUCGCUAACAUGAAAUUGAUUGCUGUGUUUUUUUCUGGUUACUGUUGGAUGUGUUUCUCUGUAAUUUUGAGUGUGGGGUUAUGUUAUUUGAAGUAGAUUUAACAGUCAUGUAGGAUGACUUCAGUUUUUAGAGGGACGGGACGGAGGCAAAACUAAUUACCAAUUGGAUUCUCCUCAGGUUUUCUCUCUUAGAAGCCUGACGGAGCCAAAGACCUGAAGGUAUGUAAAAGAAAGCCCAAAACAUUUAUGACUUUUGUUGUAACUUUUGUCUUUGUUUGCUCUCUUGCAACUUUAUUUUAGUCUCUCUCUUUUGGUUUGACAUUAUGCCUGCGAAUGAUUUAUGUGAUGAGAUUUCUGUGUUUAUUUGGCACAGGAGCUUCUGUAGAAAAAGUGUCAGGAGUACUGGUCAGGAUUGACAACGUGUAUGUCAGUGGGGAUGGGGAAGGGUUUUAAUGUGAUUUUUAGAGUGCAUGUGUGUCCUCUUUUGUGUAUGCAGCAGCAAUAUUGAUUGUUUCAUUUACAGAAAUUGGGACUUCAUACUGAAUUUCUCAGGAUAAUGAAUUACAUACAAAACAAUUACAAAAAGCAACCAUUUCUCCUCUUUUAGGUGGUCUUCAGAGUUGGUUUACAGCUUUAACAGGAACCGUAAUUGUUAUGCACAUGUAGCUGUAUGGAUGAUCACCGUAUUGUUCCUUUCACCUGUCUUUUUAUUUUUUAAUUUCUGGCUAUUUAAAGUGGAAAAUAAAGAUUUAUUGGGAAAAAGA